AUGGCUACCACUCACCCAAACUUCAAUCGCGAUACAGAGGGCCUCGAAGUCGCCCGGGCAUUUGCUGAUCGGGUCUACGACAAGACCAUUGUAGUGACCGGAGUGAACCGCGGGGGCAUCGGAUUCACCACGGCAGAAGCUCUCGCAUCUCAAUCACCAGCCCACCUUAUCAUCGCUGGGCGUACGCCAUCUAAGCUGCAAGACAGCAUCGAUGCCCUCAAGGCUCAGUACCCCAACGUCGACUACCGAGCUCUGCGACUGGAUCUGUCGAGCCAAGCAGCCGUCAGAGCCGCUGCCGCCGAACUCCUCAGCUGGGAUGACAUCCCCAAGGUCGACAUACUGAUCAACAGCGCCGGGCUUGCGUUGCUGCCAGAGCGCACCCUGAGCGAGGACGGGAUCGAGAUGCACUUUGCUACGAACCACAUCGGGCACUUCCUGUUCACCUGCCUGAUCAUGCCCAAGCUCCUCAAGGCCGCAGAGACCAACCGCAAGGGUGCGACACGCGUGGUGAACGUGUCGGCCGGCUCGCCGUACUGGGCGUACAUGCGAUGGAGCGACCCCAACUUCGAGAAGAAGAACAAAGACCUGCCGGCAGAGGAGCAGCCCAACUUUGCUACCCACAAGGCGUGGGGCACGCCGGACAUCGAGGAACGAUCCUAUGUCCCGCUCGAGGCAUACAACCAGAGUAAAGUGGCGAACCUGCUGUUCAGCAUCGGAGCGACUCGGAGACUGUACGAAAAGCAUGGGAUCCUUUGCCUCACUGUGCACCCUGGCUGGAUCAAGACCGAGCUCCAAAGAGCGGCAACACCGGACUGGAAGAGUUCGGUCGAGAGCUUGAUUAUGAAGACGGGAGUCCAGUACAAGACGCUGGGGGCAGGAUCUUCAACGAGCCUUGUCGCGGCGCUGGAUCCUAAGCUCGGAAAGAUAGAGAACAAGGACGGAAAAGAGAAUGUCGGGAUAUUUCUGGAGCAUUGUCAAGUCACGGACAAGGCGCACCCUCGCGCAUGUUCUAGCGAGGAGGCCGACAAGCUCUGGGCUGUAUCAGAGCGCUUGGUCCGGGAAAAGUUCUCCUGGUAA